AUGACACCUCCAACGCCUGAGGUGGACCACUCGAAAGAGGAAUCCUUUGAUACCAUGGCGUCCCCUGAUUUGGAAAUGAAUGGAACCCAAACAGGCUAUCUUGCGAAUGACUUCGUCAAGUCCUUUGGCUGGAAGGAUCUCCAGGUUAAAGUGAAAGACCGGAAAACCAAGGCUCCCCUUUCUAUCCUAUCCGAGGCGGCUGGUAUUGUUGAGGCCGGUGAGAUGCUGGCUAUCAUGGGCCCUAGUGGAUCAGGAAAGACAACGCUGCUCAAUGCACUGGCACACCGAGUGGCUGCUGCUGGAGCCACAACCACUGGCAAUAUUCUUGCCAAUGGACAGAAGCUUUCUUUGCAGCUAGUACGCGACUUGUCCAGCUAUGUCGAGCAAGAAGACGCUUUGAUCGGCAGCUUGACUGUUAGGGAAACUAUGGUCUUCGCAGCUCGACUUGCUCUUCCGAGUACUGUCACCAAGAAAGAGGCUUUUCAGCGCGUCGACGACUUGAUCAAGAGCUUUGGUCUUCAGUCACAGUCAGACACUAUUGUCGGUACGCCAAUCAAGAAAGGAUUGAGUGGAGGUCAAAAGAAACGAUUAGGGGUUGCGAGUCGGCUGGUUACCAACCCUAAGAUUCUAUUCCUUGAUGAACCCACCAGUGGACUCGACUCUGCUUUGAGUCUAGAAGUUUGCAGCUACAUCAAGGGUAUUGGAAGACGCAACAAUCUCGUGAUUGUCGCAUCCAUUCACCAGCCUUCCUCGUCUACUUUCCAGCAAUUUGACAAGCUUUGCUUAUUGUCCCAGGGAAAGACCUGCUAUUUUGGACCCGUCGCAGAUGCAACCGCAUACUUCGGACGUAUCGGUUAUGCUAUCCCUCCAGAGACAAACUCUGCUGAGUUCUUCCUUGAUCUCAUUAACACUGAUCUCGAUAAGACGGGUGAGAUUGUUCGUCGGACCGAACACAUUUGCGAAGCCUGGACCAACUCGCCAGAGCAUACUCAGCUGGAGGAAACUAUCCAGAAGUCUGUGCAAGAGCCAGAUAACGAUCUUGCCCACUAUAAGUCAGUCAAGCCCAGCGUAUGGAUGCCACCUGCUGUGCUCCUUCGCCGAUCUUUCAUUAAAUCAUACCGCGAUAUAAUGGCAUAUGGCAUUCGCAUUGCCAUGUAUUUCGGUCUGGCUAUCCUGAUGGGUACCGUCUUCCUUCGCUUCAGUACCGACCAGAAGUACAUUCAGCCUUUCAUCAACGCUAUUUUCUUCAGCAGCGCUUUUAUGUCCUUCAUGGCAGUCGCGUAUGUCCCUGCCUUCCUUGAAGACCUCAACACUUUCCGCCAGGAACGUGCCAACGGCCUUGUCGGGCCACUUUCCUUUAUGGUGUCCAACUUUAUAAUCGGUCUACCUUUCCUAUUCGCCAUCACCGUGCUCUUCUCGGUUAUUGAAUACUUCAUGUCGAACUUCCGUCCCAGUGGCACCGCCUUCUUCACCUGGGUCGCGUGGCUUUUCCUUGACCUUGUCGCUGCCGAGUCUCUCGUCGUUUUGGUUUCAUCCUUUUUCAACGUCUUCGUUGUCGCUCUUGCUAUUACCGCAUUUGCUAAUGGUCUCUGGAUGUGCGUUGAUGGCUUCUUGGUGCCGAUGACAAUUCUCAACGUUUUCUGGAAGUAUGUUUUCCACUACAUCGACUACCAGGCCUAUGUCUUCCAAGGUAUGAUGGUCAAUGAGUUCAAGUAUCGUACCUACGACUGUGCCAAGGCAGGCAGUGGUUACCAAUGCAACUACCCUAGUGACCUCAACUCCGUCGGAAAAAUCCGCGGAACUGAUGUUCUUAGCGAGUACAGCAUCAGCACUGGCCUAGAGGGAGAGUGGUUUGGUAUCAUGAUUGGCAUCAUUGCCGGAUACAGAAUUCUUGCCUACAUUGUGUUGGUACUUCGGAAGUAA